AUGGCCCUACUGACACUAAUAGCGAGGGCCAGUGACGGCCUCGCGCUGUCUGCCUCCAUCCAAGACGAAGAGUCGGGGCGCAACAUCUCGGACUACCAGGCGCAGGCGAAGCAGAUAUUCCGCAAGCUCUCUCCUCAGUCGCCAACCAAAUGCAGCAUUGAGAGCAACCAGCUCGUCUUCCACUAUGUCAUAGAGGAAGGAAUAUGCUACCUGGCUCUGUGCGAGCAUAGCUACCCACCUCAGCUGGCCUUCAGCUACCUUGAGAACAUACACAGGGACUUCAGUGAGCAGCACGGACAGGACGUGCACAGGGCACAGCGACCUUACCACUUCAUUGAAUUUGGUGUGGAGAUAAACCGGAUCAAGAGGGGCUAUGUGGAAACGCAGUCCCGCAGAGCCUCCAGCUCAAAGUUGAGAGGACUCAACAGCGAACUGCAGGGAGUCCAGAAGAUCAUGUUCGAGAACAUCGACGCCGCCCUCCAGCGAGGGGAACUGGUCUCAGCGCUAAGUGACAAGGCUCAGAAGCUCUCCAUCAGUUCUCAAAGGUACAGGAAAGAGGCCCGCUAUCUGAACCUCAGAGCCUCGCUCAUGGCCAAGAUUGUUGUCGUGGUGGUCGUUCUUUUCUUCCUCAUUUUCCUCAGAUAUUGGCUGUUCUGACCCAUCCACACGUGUACACAUUGAUCAUGUUGAAUUCCCAAUAAGUUUUUUGAUAAAUCAAACGAAGGUCAAGAAAGAAUAGUAGGGACAAUGUUACUGGUAGUUAAAAGUUCAAUAUACAGUAAGUACACUAUAAUGUGGGAGUUAGACUUGACAAUAAUUAUGGAGUAAUGACCAGUUCUUUAUGUGUACAACUGGUUGCAUGAGGGAAAGGGGGGAGGGAGGACGGAGAGCAAAGGUAGAUAAGGGAGAAAGAGCAAGGAGAAGAGUUAGCCCAAGGAUGAGGGGGAGAGAGAGAGAAAGAUGAUAAGAGGGAGAAUUGUUCAUCAGUUUCAGUUUGAGAAUAUCUUC